AUGAUAGUGAAAAAUUUGGCAGGGAUUAAGGAAAGGUUUGACAACAGAAAGAUCGAGGAACUGAGAGAAUUCGGGGUUGAGAGGAUAUCAAAUUCUUGCCUCGUUAGGAUGGGAGCAUCCCAGCUGUUGGCAACAUUCCAGAAAAGCACGUCGAAGCCAUACAUUGACAGGCCCCAUGAAGGAAUAAUAAGCUUCAGUGCGUCUACUGGAGGGAAGAGAUACGAAAGAUUACUAAACUUCCUGCACAAGGUAUAUAUCAAGCAGAAGAGCAUUGAUUUGGAAAGCCUGUGUGUCAAGCUGAAUGAAGAGGUUGUAUUCAUUCACAUAGACCUGAGAGUUUUGUCAAGCGACGGAAACAUCUAUGGUCUUGCUGUUAAAGGGGUGAAUUCUGUUUUGGAGGCACUCGGUGUGAGAGUGAAUUAUGUUCCUCAGUGUUUUUCCUACUGUUCGAUCGGAAGUGUAAUUAUUACUGAUCCCUCAGAGGAUGAGCAAAAGGAGGGAGACUGGAAUUGCGUUAUUGUGAUGAAGUCUCCUAAAGAGAUAGUUCUUCUAGAGAAGGUGGGAAAGGAGUGUGAGAUAGAGAAUAUGCUUGAGGUUGUUGAGAGAUCUGCCAGAAGCUUUGUGAUGCGAAUUCCUGGAGCGGAAGGCUUGGAGGAGUGCAUGAGUGCUUGA